GGAGCAAUUCCAGAAGAAGGGCACUAAAACUAGUCAGUGAAUUGAUUGACGAUGUGGAACAUAGGGAGGGGGAGGUGGAGGACGAUUCUGAGUUAAGUGUUUGUGUUGAUGCUUCGGGGGAAUCAGACAUGGAAAUUAGUGAUGAAGGAAGUGACCAUCAGAAUAUUGAAGCAGAUGUUGAGGAUAAGGAAGUACAUGAAGAGGCUGCAGUUUCUGUUGAGGACCAGUCUGAUCUUCAAGAUCCUUGUAGUCAGAGAGAUUUGCAGUGUUCACUGGUAGAUUGGGCUAUUGAAUUUGGAAUUUCAUUAAUUGCUUUGUCAGCACUUCUUACCAUUCUCAAAGUCCAUCAUUCCUCUCUGCCUAAGGAUGGAAGAACGUUGCUGAAAACAAAAACAAGAUACAACAUUAGGAGUAUAGCUGGUGGUGUGUUUCAUUAUUGUGGAAUUCUGAAUUCAUUUAGGAAAAUCCUUGAUAGCGUUUGGCAUACUGUGGCAGACAAACAUGUCUUCAAGCUACAGUUGAAUUUUGAUGGACUACCACUCUUCAAGAGUACUAGUACACAGUUUUGGCCGAUUCUUGGUUUGCUGCAAGGUCACACUAAGGCACCAGUGUUGAUUGGACUUUUUUGUGGUACUUCAAAGCCAAAUUCUUUGGCUGAUUAUCUUCAUGAUCUGGUUCACGAGCUAAAAAUGUUGAGGGAUGGGUUUCUGUUCAAGCAGAAAACAUUCUUUUUGAAUGUUGUUUCAGUUAUGUGCGAUACCCCUGCCCGAGCCUUCAUCAGAGGUGUGAAGUCACACACUGCAUAUCAUGGAUGUGACAAGUGUCAUCAAACAGGUGUCUGGAAAUCAAAUCGAAUGACAUUUCCUGAGGUGAAUGCAAAGCGCAGAACUGAUGAGAGUUUUAGGCAAGCAACUGAUGAAGAACACCACAUUCAGCACUCACCUCUUACAGACAUUGGCAUUGACAUGGUCACUUGUUUCCCUCACGAUUACAUGCACUUGGUUUGUCUGGGUGUAAUGCGGCGUCUUUUAGACUUGUGGAUCAGCACCAUCGGUCCCUUGCACUGUCGCAUAUCAUCCAUUCAAGCUUCCAUGGUGUCAGAUAGACUUCUUGCACUGAGAAGUUACAUUCCAAGUGAGUUUGCUCGAAGGCCUCGGGCACUGGCAGAUCGAUGUAGGUGGAAAGCAACAGAGCUACGCCAAUUUUUGUUAUACACUGGUCCAGUUGUGCUGAAUGGUGUUUUACAGACUCAAAUCUAUGACAACUUCAUGCUUUUGUCUGUAGCUGUGUACAUUUUGGCAAGUCCAGAAUUUUGUAUGGAGAUGAAUGACUUUGCAAAUACUCUGUUGCGUUCAUUUGUUGAACACUUUGGCCAGCUUUAUGGUGAAAAGUUUUUGGUUUAUAAUAUUCAUGGGCUGGUGCACCUCAGUGAAGAUGUCAAAAUCCAUGGCAAUCUAGAUCUAAUAUCAGGAUUUCCCUUUGAAAAUUUCUUAGGAAAACUCAAAAAACUGGUACGAGGGCCAUGCAAUCCUUUGACUCAGGUGAUGCGUAGAUUGUCAGAGAUAGAAAAUAGCAACUACAGUUGUGAUGUAGAAGAGGCAAUUCAAAAAUUGGAUAAAGAACAUACGGAUGGGCCAGUACCAGAGUGCUUCUCGCAACAAGCUCAUCAAUUUAAAGUUCUCGCGAUUGAUGAUGUAGUUGUGAAGCUCAAUGAGAGAGAUUCUUGUGUCAGAAUUGACAAUAAGUUGGUUUUAGUCCAAAACAUUGUUGAGGAUAAAGGUGCAGUAUACCUUGUGGGCAAAGAAUAUAAACAGGUGGAACACUUCUUUAAAUAUCCUAUUGAUUCAAAAGAGUUGGGAAUUUAUGUGGCUUCCAACCUCUCCACAAAUGUCAAGUGUUUCAUGACAGGAAAGAAGCUGCAGAAGUAUGUGAGAUUGCCAUUCCGAAACAAAUUUGUUGUUGUUCCACUCCUGCAUCAAGAGAAAUAACUCUGAAGAUGCUUGUGUAUAAUAGUUGGCUAAGGAAUAUCAUUCUUGUCUCUUUAGAUGUUUCACAUUGUUGUCUUUGACAAGACAAAUGAGGUUGAAGUUGUGCCUUCAGUCUGGAUUAAAAAUGGAGAGUGCAUGUGGCCUCCAAAUAAGAUAGAUAUAACAAAAGCUGUGAAAUCACAGGAGAGUCCUGGAGAUGACUGGAAGCCCCAUAAGGCCAGAAUUAUUUUCACGUCACAUGACUACAAGGAAGCUAGACGCAAACUACCACUUGCUGUUGAUCACACAGACAUUGAUCAGACCGAUGGAGGAGACUCACCAAUUACAUUUCAAAGAAAAAGAAUACCCAAGAACAUUCUUUUCCCUGGA